AUGACUGACAGUCAGAGUUCUUUGUUAUCUGAUGAACAAGAGCGGAAGCAGAUUUUAAAUUUCACGAAUUAUGUACUUUCGCAGAAGGCAGGGAAUUUUCCAGCAUUGAAUCAGUUAGCUGAUGGUACGGUAUUUCCGGGAAUACGAGGGGAGACGACAAAUCGAGGGCGUAAGUUAUAUCAAAAUUCUAUCGGUAUCUCACAGAAGAGGCUCAAGGUAGAUACUCGUGAGGAGAGGGUGUUUUAUAGUGGUUCGGAGCAUAGUUUGCUUUCUAGGAAACGAAUGAAGUUUUCUACAACACCUCAAUUUAACAGCUUUGAGGAUGCGCAGGAGGGUUAUACAUCUGGAUUUAAGAGUUUAGAGGAUUCGGAUGAUGAAUGCGAUGACUUACAUAGGUUAAUUGAUAUUCGAAAGUUACUUUCUCCUAUUUCAAAUUUGGCUGAUGUGGCCACACACCCGGCAAUAUCCAGGACGUUCAGAUCCAAGGUUUUGAGGGAUCUUGCUUUAGAUAUUAUGCUAAUGGUUGAAAAGGAACAAGAGUCGGUAAUAAGUUAUAGUGGCUUGUUGGAGGUUUUUCUUGGGGACUAUCCAGACGCGCUAUAUGAAGAUAGGUUGGCGUUGCCGAUGUACGAUCACAAGUUGAAGCUUCCAGACGAUGAGGAGAAUUUGAAUGUAACAGCUACUGCUUCUAGUUCGAAUAAGCCAGCAAAAUCUACCACAAAGAAGGGGGAAGUACCGAAGGUUGAAGAUGAUGAUGGUGAGAAGGAGGACCCAUUUUUUGCCCUUCCGGAGUUUAAUGGGAAUAGGAAAUUGUUAUCAAUAGUAAACGGUGAGAACAGUCAAAAUACAGAAGAAAUCGAAACCACAAGACAACUAGCUCAGAUUGCGUUGCAGAGAAAUCAGGAAUUUAUUCGCAAUUUGCAAAAGAUCAGAAACUGUAUUGUAAAAGCUAAUCGUAUCCGUGAACGUAUUCUUAUGUGGGCAAGAGAGAUUGCUGGUAUUCCGGAGGAGGAUGUUACAAUUCCUAGCGCAUUGCAUGUUGUUAAAAGAGGAUUAAUUAGUGCUACCACCAACCAUAUGGAUGAAGAAGUUGAGGAUGAAGAAAUUGAUGAAGAUUAA